AUGGAUACAGUCGGGGUCGCGAUGAUGGUCGGAGAAUGGUUUGCGGGCUACAUCAUCGAUAAGUUGGUCAGCUUCGUCGCGUCCCAUGUUUCCGACCACUGGGAUCUGCUCACUGACGUGGAGGAGAAGCUCAAAGAGAUACAAGAUCGACUUCCUCGCAUCCAAGCAGUGAUCCAUGCAGCGGAGGGCAGGCCGAUCAGGGAUCCAGCCCUGGUCAACUGGCUGCGGCAAAUCAAAGAGGCGGCCUACGAAGCGGACGACCUACUGGACGAGAUAGAAUUUGUCAAGAACCUAUUUGUUUCCGAUGAUGAACUCAAGAGGUUGAAGGAUCUGCUGGGGGAUGUGGAUAAAAUUUACUCUGAAAUCGACCGCAAAAAAGUUGAGCUGGAUGAGGACAAUGCAAAGCACGCCGCAUCAAUAAGGGAGACGAGCUCCUUCACCCAGGAAGUGGUGUUUGGGAGAGAUAAAGAGAGGGAAAAGAUACUUGAGAUGUUGUUGAGUUCAGGAAAUGAUGCUGAUUUCCGCAACAAGGGAGCAGGCAGCAGCAGCCAUGCGAGUCUUGGUGUGCUUCCAAUUGUUGGCAUUGGGGGAGUUGGGAAGACAACCCUAGCACAGAUUAUUUACAAUGACCCAAGGGUUGCUGACCAUUUUGAGCUCAGAAAAUGGGUUUAUGUAUCUAAUGAUUUCAAUGUGAAAAGGAUUGCAAGAGACUUGGAAGGGGAAAUGGCUUCUGAUUCUCGCCCUGAUCAUAUUAGUUUAGAUACACAGCUAAGUAAUCUCAGUCGUGCUACUACAGCUAAAAGAUUUCUGUUUGUACUUGAUGAUGUAUGGGAUGAAGCUGGAAGAAAGUGGAUGGAGCUUAGAAGUGCCUUGACCUAUGGGAACAGAGGAAGCACUGUUCUGAUAACAACACAAAGUCCAUUAGUUGCUCAAGUUAUGGGAACGAUGGACCAAAUAGAGUUAAAACUUUUAGAGGAAAGUGAUUAUUGGAGGCUCUUUGAACAUUGCUCAUUCGGUUCAAGAGUCAUUGAUUCAUAUCUAAGAAGAAAGUUGCAAUUAAUUGGUUAA